AUGCGGCCACGAGCUUACCCACAAUCCGCAGCGAAAAAUGCAACCCCGGCCGGCAGCCUCUCAAAUGAGCAACCGUCCGCCAAAAGACGACCGGCUAGGCGAACAGAGUGUUCCUCCUCGGGAGAAUAUUCUGAUGUCCCCCCUGUGGUCAUCUUUAGCGGUAGUCCUAGCAUCCAAGAGAAAAGGAUUGCAAUGGACACGUUUGAGCGCCUUGGAGGCAAAGUGGGCACACCGAUAAACAAUGCAGCAAUUCUCUGCAUUCCAGAAGGCACUUUGAAGAAGGCCGGAGAGUUUAUCAUGGUUGUCGCCAUGGGAAUGGAUAUAGUGACAGAGAGAUGGUUUGUUGAUACCCAUCGACUGGAAAGAUUUCCACCUCUUGAGGAGUAUCUGCCGCUGGACAGAUCUCGGGAGCGGCGAGGCAAGAACGGCUUGACGCAUUUGUUUUCCGGGACGACGGUCUUUCUCACGAAGCAACUCAGAACAGACUUGAGAAACCUGGAGCGGGAGACUUCUCACAUUUCCACCAUUCUGGGUGCAGACGCAGUGAAGCAUCGCCUGCCGGUUCUGAAAGACAAGGAGAAGUUCAGCGAGGCCGAUGUCCUGAUCAUCGGAGUGUCUGGUGACCCCCAGGGUGCUCAGAUCGGAAGGUUGGGCCUCAAGCUUUUCCACAAGGAUAUCUUGACUAUGGCUGCUCUGAGAGGCCGAGUUGAACGAGAGUCCGGCAGAUUUCAAGAUCGAAGUGCCCUCAAGGACGAAGAUGAGACUGACUGA